UCAAACGUGGAUAUAUGGGACUGAAAUACCAGUCCUGUAGACAAAAGCAUUUUCAACGAAGCGAAAUAAUGACAUGAAAUAUUGCUUUAUAUCCGGAUCCCGGAUCUUGUCGCAGACGGUUUUAAAAUUAUUAUCAAAAUGGCUGAAAGUGAAACUAGAAAUCGUCAUCAUUAUCAUGUGAAAAAUAAUUUGCCAAGUAACAUUACAUGUAAUUCUUGGUUGACCGAUUUGAUUGAUGCGAUCGGCAUAAGAAAGGUGUUAACAGCACCGGCAGAAUUGGUUCGAACUGAAUGGUCAUUAUGCAGUUUAUCUGACGCCGAAUUAUCCAGGAUUGAUGAACUCGUCAAGAUAUGCAGUUUACCGUGUGUUGAUUUCAGUGCAGUGGAGGAGAUACCGUAUGACAAUGCCAGACCUUAUAGGCAGUGGGUGCAGGAAUGGUUUCCCAAGUUAAAAGUCAAUGAGCUCAAGUUGUUUAAUGAGAACUGUGAAGAAUUUGGAUACUUUUUAUUCGACACCAUUCAGCAGUUGUACGACUCCAAAACAAGAGGCAACCAGCUUCCUUAUGAAGUGAACUAUCAAGUUCUAUUUGAAAAGUUUCUUAAAUUAUUUGAGUUGAAAAUCAAGACACAACCAUGUUUACCAACAGGAAAUGCUACAAUAUUUGGACAGGAAGUUAUCUCCUCAAAAGCUGACAUUCUUUGUACAAAAUGUGAUGAUCCCAGCAAAAUCCUCAGUGUCUGUUCAGAGGUUAAAAGAAGUCCAUCUGAUGGAACAGAAUAUUCACCAGUAAAUAAAAAGCUACGCACAGAAUUACCAACCUUAGCAACUGAUAAUGAGGAGGAGAGUACCAGUACAAGACCAACUGGUGGCCUGUCAUCAGACGUGUAUGCCCAACAUGUUGGAGAACUGUUAGCAUAUUAUGAAAGUUCUGCUUUAAAAAGAGGUCUGCUUGGAGUCAUCUUUCAAAAGACAAAUAUAUCCUUUACCUUUCUGAAAAUAAAGCCAGCAAGCUAUGAAAAAAUCAAAAGAAGAAAUCCACAAGUAGUGCUGGACCCAGCAAUGGAUGAACAACCUAUUCUAUUUUACACAGAACAGUUCAACUUCUUGAAAUAUCAAGAUCGUAAAACAAUUUUCAAAGCACUCCUUACAAUGAGAAUGAUGGACAUUAAAAGUUGGGAUUACUGACUUUAGGUUAUCAACUGAAGUAAACUGUCAAAAUCUCAAAGGGCAAGACUCGGUGCCAAGCAAGAUCUCCAAAAGAAUGUUCUUGCAUGACGAUGGAUACACAUAUAUUAUAUUAUAUAUGAAAUUAUUGACAUCAAGGCACCAACAUGAUUGAACUGUUCAAUCUUCAAAGACCAAGACAACACCAAGCAAGUUCUCCAAAAGAAUGGUUUCAUACAUGUACCGAUAUGAAUGCAUGCAUUAGGAUCUGACAUGAAUGUAUGUCAUAAACCAGGUAUUGAGAAAUAAUAUUUGGUGUGAUAACAGCCCUGGUUGUUUCAGCUUAAGGUGUAAGACAUCCCUCAAACUGCUAUGAAUCUGACAUCUGUAGCAAUGAAGAUGGAAGGAAAAUUCAAUUUCAAAUGUAGGAAUAAUAUCCCUUUAACUCUGUAUAAAACUAGAUUGCCAUGAUCUUACAUUUCCUGAUGCAAAUUCUAAUUUGAAAUCGAAGAUUUGACAGAAACAUGUGGCAUAAUUUUUCAACCAAGUUGUAUUUUGUUUAUAUUUAAUAUAUAGAUAAUUUCCUAUAAAUUGCAUCAU